GCGGUAUGCACCUCUUGGCGAACUCCAAUUCCCAGGAAACCUUGCGCUGGUGACGUCCGUCAACAGAGCGCUAUGGCGGAGGGCGGAGGAGGCAUGGAAAACGUGCCGGUUUAUGAAAAUGUCGACGUGAAUACGAAACCCUUUCACAUCGGCGCUUUCAGGGAUCUGUGGCUAGAAGCGCUGAAGCCUGAGCAGUACAGCUUCAGCCGGCCGGAGGCCGCGGCGGAGGACGUGGAGCUUAUGGAGGAGAUGGGCGUCUCUGCCGAAACGCUGGAGGAGGUGAAGACGAUCUGCAGCACUGAAUCCCUACGGAGCCACCCAGCAGAUGAAGUUCCAGAUCCAGAUGUUGUGCCUCCAGACUCAAAGCUGGCAACUUUAAAACUUCGGAAGAAGAAGCAAGAUUAUAAAAAGACUCUUGUACGGGAAAGCAUUGGAAGACAUGACAUAUAUGCCAAUGAGAUGGAGAUGCUUGCUGUGGGCAGGAAGACUGACAACCCGAGGAACUCCGUGCCUGAAGGGGAAAUCAUUUUAACUUUCAACAUUGUAUAUCCUGUCCUUUUUGAGCGGUUUAAAUAUGUAAGGGCCUAUCAGACUCUGCAUGUUCUGGGCUCUCAGAAGCUGACCGACCUGAGGGAUGCUAUCUGCUGUGUCAGUGACCUGCAGGUGUUUGGGGAAUUCAGCAAUACACCUGACACGGUGCCUCAGUUCAUCAGCAAGGAUCACUACAAAUCUGCUUUCUUCUUCUUUGAGGGAACCUUUUUCAACGACAUGCGGUUUCCAGAAUGUCGGGACAUCAGCAAGACCACCCGUGACUGGACAAAGAAUAAAGACUUCCCAGAUUUUAAAACGGCAAAAAUGGAGGACACGCUUUUCUACGACCUCAGAGUGAAGGUGGGCUAUCCGUACCUGUAUUGUCACCAGGGCGACUGCGAGCAUGUGGUCAUUCUCACUGAUGUCAGGCUGGCCCACAGGGAUGAUUGCCUGGAUGGGACACUGUACCCGCUCAUGACUCACAAACACAGGGUUGUGACUCGGAAGUGCUGUGUGUGCCAUCUAUAUAUCAGCAGGUGGAUAACAACAAAUGACACUCUUGCGCCGAUGGACCCCUGUCUGUUCUGCGAUCAGUGCUUCAGACAGCUCCACUACGACGACGACGGGAACAAACUGGGAGAUUUCCAAGCAUAUAUUUAUGUUGAUGCAGGAGCGCUCAACUGAUCCCAAUGUAAAGGGGCAAAUCGAAAUCUGCGGCUGUGCAUUAUAGAUUUUCCUUAUUUUUGUUAAUUUUUGUGUAAGUUUAAUGUUUUGAUGAUGUUUUCUAAAGUGGAAUUAAAGAAAUCAUUUAAUUA